AUGAGAAUACGGCUCCCCUUCGCAGGCGUCUUCACCCUCCUCCUCCUCCUCUCAGCCUACGCCGGCCUCUCCACCCUCCAACUCUCCCCCUCCCUCCCCCUCAACGACAAAGCCCUCCACUUCCUCACCUUCUUCCUGUUAACCCUCGCCUUCUACUGGGUAAUCGACACCACCCGCCGCCGCACCCUUAACCUAACCCUCGCCAUCUGCACCGUCGGCGGCGGCAUCGGUUCGGAAAUUUUGCAAGGCCUUCUCCCCAACGGUCGGGAGUUUGAUCCAUAUGAUGUCGUCGCCAAUUUAGUCGGUUCGUUGGCGGCGGUGGGGUUGUGUUCGUGGUAUCAUAAGCGGAUGCUGGAAAGAAAACGGCAGAGGAGAUAUGGUGGCGAGGGUGGUGCUGGGGAGGAGCUGGAGAGGUUGCAUGAUGGAGAGGAGGAGGAUUUGGAGUUGGGGGAGGGGUUGGGGUUGGGCAGGAGUUUUGAUGGGCAGCAGGAGCAGGGUGUGACGACUGCUGCUGCUGCUGCUGCGACGGAAGAAAGGGGAAAGAGUUUGGAGGAGGUGGUGGAUGAUUGGGAUGAGAAUGAGGUGGACAACUGGGAUGAUGAGGAGGAGGAAGAGGAGGAGAGUGAGGAGGAUAUCGGGGGGGCUGCUUCGGCUGCUGGGAGGGUGGGGGUUGUGAACGGGAAGAAGAGAGCAGAUUAG